AUGUCCCUGCCAGCUACCUUUGACUUGACUCCAGAAGACGCCCAAUUAUUGUUGGCUGCUAACGCCCAUUUGGGUGCUAGAAACGUUCAAGUCCACCAAGAACCAUACGUUUUCAACGCCAGACCAGACGGUGUCCACGUCAUCAACGUCGGUAAGACUUGGGAAAAGAUCGUCUUGGCCGCCAGAAUCAUCGCUGCCAUUCCAAACGCUGACGAUGUCGUUGCUAUCUCCUCCAGAACAUACGGUCAAAGAGCCGUCCUAAAGUACGCUGCCCACACUGGUGCCACCGCCAUUGCUGGUAGAUUCACCCCAGGUUCCUUCACUAACUACAUCACCCGUUCUUUCAAGGAACCAAGAAUUGUUAUUGUCACCGACCCAAGAUCCGAUGCCCAGGCCGUCAAGGAAGCUUCCUACGUUAACAUUCCAGUCAUCGCUUUGACCGAUCUAGACUCCCCAUCCGAAUACGUUGACGUUGCCAUCCCAUGUAACAACAGAGGUAAGCACUCCAUCGGUUUGAUCUGGUACUUGUUGGCCAGAGAAGUUCUAAGAUUAAGAGGUACUUUGGUUGACAGAACUCAGCCAUGGUCCAUCAUGCCAGAUUUAUACUUCUACAGAAACCCAGAAGAAGUCGAACAGCAGGUUGCUGAAGAGGCUAUCGAAGGUGCUGAGGAAGAGUCCAAGGAGGAAGUCACCGAAGAACAAGCCGGUGCUUCUGAAUGGGCUGAAGAGAACACUGAUGCCGCCGAAUGGUAA